GUGACACCGAGUUGUAGCAUUUGGCUAACAGGGUUCAAUUCUAGGUGUCGAGGUUGAUGUUGCUAGAAAGUCAUAUUCUACCCAAGUGGUUGCCAUGGAUGAAAAGAUUGCUGUGGAAAAACUAGCCAAAGCCAGACAAAAUAGCUUUUUGAAGCCCCAAAUCUUUACAGUGACAAUUCCUGAGAUUGACGGAGGGUCCAAUCUGUCCAUCAAAGUGAGCUGGUCUCAGAAAAUAUUGUAUAGUGAUGGUCAGUUCUCCCUUAAUAUACCAUUUAGCUUUCCAGAAUAUGUCACUCCAACUGGAAAUAUAAUUUCCAAAAUAGAAAAGAUACAGUUGAAUGUGAACUAUGGCACGGAGACAGAAAUUUUAUGCAAGACAACCAGCCAUCCCCUGAAGGAAAAAAGACGCCAAGCAGGAAACUUGGGAUUCUUAUAUGAAGCAGAUGUUCUUACAUGGUCAAGAAUUGACUUUAAUUUUUCGUAUAUGGUUAUGUCUGGUGAAAUAUCUGGUGGUUUGCUCUUGCAAUCUCCUUCUGUACAUGACUCUGAUCAAAGAGAUAUAUUCUGCUUCUAUCUUUUUCCUGGAAAUCACCAGCAUGGAAAGGCUUUCAGAAAGGAAGUGGUAUUUAUUGUCGACAUUAGUGGGAGUAUGAAAGGAGGGGCCCUUGAAAACCUAAAGAAUGGGCUAUGUGCAGCUCUCUCCAAACUCAAUCCAGAAGACUUAUUUAACAUUAUAGCUUUCAAUGGACAGACAUACUUAUUUUCAUCAUUAUUGGAGCUGGCAACCAAGGAAAAAAUUGAAAAGGCCUCUCAAUGGAUGAACUUAAACUUUAUUGCUGUGGGUGGUACAAACAUUUUGCUUCCGCUAAAUCAGGCGAUGGAGAUGUUAUCAAAUACCUGUGAUUCUAUUCCUCUCAUUUUUCUAAUUACUGAUGGGUCAGUUGAAGAUGAAAGACACAUUUGUGAUGUUAUGAAAAAUUAUCUGACAAAUAGAGAAUCAAUGGCUCCACGCAUUUCUACUUUUGGUAUAGGUUCGUAUUGUAAUCAUUAUUUUCUGCAAAUGCUUGCACUUAUCAGUGGGGGUCGCUAUGACGCUGCAUAUGAUGCAGAUUCAAUUGUGUUUCGUAUGCAAAGACUAUUUAGGACAGCAUCGUCUACCAUUCUUGCCAAUAUAACUAUUGACACUUUAGAGCACCUUGAUGCAUUUGAGGUGUACCCUUUCCAUAUUCCAGACCUCUUAUCUGGAAGCCCAUUGGUUGUGUCAGGUAGAUACCAAGGAAAUUUUCCAAACUCUCUGAAAGCUAGAGGUAUGCUGGGAGAUAUGAACAAUUUUGUGAUAGAGUUGAAAGUACAAAAGACAAAGGACAUUCCUCUUGACAAAAUUGUGGCAAAGCAACAAAUUGAUGUACUUACAGCUCAAGCAUGGCUUCUGGAAAGUAAGGUUAUUGAGGAGAAGGUAGCAAAAAUGAGCAUACAAACCAGUGUUCCAUCUGAAUAUACAUGUUUGGUCUUACUUCAGAUUGAUAAUGGGAAACAGGCAUCCAAAUCAUUUGGGAUACAAGAGGACUCGAACAAAGUUGACCUUCAGAGUUCGCUAGAAUCCAAAGGCUGCAAAGUAAUUCUGCUUCAGAGCUUGGGUUUGGGUUUUGGCAACUUGAAUGCAACGGCUGAGAACAUUCCUCCAGGAUCUGUAGAAGGUGACUCUUCUGAACCUGCGGACAUACUAAUCAAGGCAGCUUUAAACUGUUGUGGCAGGCUGGCCGAUUGCUGUUGUUGCAUGUGCCUCAUCAAGGCUUGUUCCAGGAUGAAUGAUCAGUGUGCAGUCACUCUAACACAGCUUUGCGCUGUUUUGUCAUGUUUUGGCUGCAUCUCUUGGUGUUCAGAGCUUUGCUAUUGAGGUGGUGAUGGAUGAUCAAGAGCUUAAAAGAAAACUAUGAUGCAAUAUUGCUUGUGUGUGUAGUCCUGCUAGUUGUUCUUUAAAGGUGACAUGCAAUAUUCUUCUGUUUUAGUAUUCCUAAGCAUGGUUGACAUAAAAAUAUUGAUACCCUCCUUCAUGUCUCUUUGACUGCUUGAUCACGGCUACAUGAGAAGUGUAUGAUGCAGUUUAGUGACA